GACAGAACCAUGAAAGUACCUAACAUAUGGCCUUUAGCCAGACAAGUUCGUUACUCCAUCACCACAUUAUCAACGUCAAUUAUUAUACAAGUAGUUAUAAUACGACAUGUGUAUGAUGAUAACGUGAAAAUAAUAAUUAAUUGAUUAAUAGCAUUUGAAUAGUCAGGAAAGAGGAAAGAGCUACGCAUGCGGUUUGUUUUGGCUGCGCUUUCGGCGAGGGAAGUUAGUCUUCCAGUUACGAUUAAAUCAAUUAAUUAAUUCGUAAUGUUGUGGGGAUUGGUGGUAGUUAUAUGUGUAUUGUUGGUACUGGUGUUCAUAGAUCGUGCUUGUAAACAUGAGAGCUUCGAGAAGAUUCCUGGCCCGCCAGGUAUACCCUUCCUCGAAAAUGCAUUGGACUUCGCCAUAGAUCCAGUGAAAUUAUUUAAUUACUUCCGUAAUUUAGCGUUAAACAAUAAAGACUUGUUUAAAGUUAAAAUUGGACCUAAAAAGUUCGUCAUAAUCUACAACCCCGAAGAUGUUGAGACACUCAUAUCUGGAACAAAACAUAAUAGUAAAGGAUUUUUGUACGGUUUUAUGAAAAUCUGGUUGAAAGAUGGACUUCUAUUAAGUGAUGGUCAAAAAUGGCACACAAGAAGGAAAAUUUUGACUCCCGCGUUUCAUUUUAAUAUACUACGGCAUUUCAAUUCAAUUCUUGUGGAAAAUUGCUGGAAAUUCGUCAAGAGACUGGAGUUGGAACUGGAUAAACCGAAGACGGAACUAUCCACCGUCAUAACCGAGUUCACUCUAAAUUCUAUAUGCGAAACGGCAAUGGGAACGAAGCUAGACGAAGAAACGACAGACGGUAUGGGUAAGAAGUACAAAAAUGCCAUUUUCAAGAUGGGCCGGUACAUCGUCUAUAGAGCAUCCAGGAUCUGGAUGUAUCCGACUUUCAUAUUCGACAUAACAAUUGUGGGCAGAAAGCAAAAAAGGGUUUUAGAUUUAAUGAGCUCAUUUAGAGACAAUGUGAUCGAUAAGAGAAGGGAAUCUGCGGAAUGCAAGAAACUUCUCCUUGAAGCCACGGCCAAAGCUGAUACUCCUGCUGAUAAUGACGAUAUUUACUUAACGAGAGGCAAGAAGAAGUUAGCCAUGCUAGACCUUCUUCUACAAGCUGAGAAAGAAGGGAAAAUUGAUGCUAAAGGCAUUGGAGAAGAAGUGGACACGUUUAUGUUUGAGGGGCACGAUACGACAUCAACUGCUCUUCAAAUGAUUUUCAUGUUAUUAGCAAAUAACGUUGAUUCUCAGGACAAAAUCGUGGAAGAAUGUGACCGUAUAUUUGGAUCGUCAGACCGAUCGGCCACCAUGGACGAUUUAACACAAAUGAAGUAUCUCGAGUGUUGCAUCAAGGAGGGGCUCCGCUUGUUUCCUCCUGUGUUUUUUAUACAGAGAAUGCUCACUGAACCAAUGAAGUUUAGGGAGCACGAGGUGCCGGCCGGCACUGACUGCACGGUGUUCAUCCUGGACCUGCACCGCCGCGCGGACCAGUUCGAGGAGCCCCACAGCUUCAGGCCGGAGCGUUUCCUCGCCGAGUCUCCCUCCUGGCACCCCUACUCAUAUAUACCGUUCAGCGCUGGGCCUAGGAACUGUAUUGGUCAAAAGUUCGCAAUGAUGGAGAUGAAGCUGGCGAUAUCCUCAGUGCUGCGCCGGUACAAGCUGCUGCCGGUGACUAAACCUGAUGACGUCGUCUUCAUCACCGACUUCAUACUCCGGCCCAGCCACCCCAUCUACGUCAAGUUUGCCAGGAGAGAGGAUUGAUCCAUUUGAUACAUUUCCAAAAUUGUGCGAAUGGAAAGUAAAGGUGUUGGAGUAUAAUUAUCUGUAUGUGAUAGGGCUUUUAAUUAUUUAACUAUUGUAUAUGUUUAUACAUAGAUAGAUAAUAAUUUGAUGAAGAACGUUUCAUUUAUCAUCAACAGUCAACGAUUUUUCACUGGUGAACACUGGGCCUCAGACACAUUUUACUAACUUUAUGUAAAUUCUAAAAUGAUACUCAGUCGGUAGAUCUAUCUAAAAAUAAGAGGUAUGCGACAUAUCCCAAGUAAAACUGGUUUUAUAAAACAAAAAUGGUAACAAUAAAGUUACUUGGUGUUGGUGUGCUUGAGUUUGUGAGCAAGUGUGUGUGAUGGUUUUGAUAUCGAAUGCUGUGUUCAAGUAGGUAUAAAAUUAUAGAAAAAUAUCUGUUUACAUU